GCAGUAAAUUCAACGUACACGCUGUCACGUCAAGCUAGUGACCACAUCACUAGCCUGGAAGACUCCACCGGUUGAGACUCUGCUGGCUCAUGUAUCGCUAGCUUUUGUUUCCUAUCGGUCUGUCGAGAGUUUGCGCAUUUUAAGAACGUGUAUAUUUUGUUGCGAGUCGCUGCUCAAACACUUGUUUUUCCGCCGAGAAUGGCUGAUCCCAAAUACGCAAACCUGCCCGGAAUUGCCUUUAAUGAGCCGGACGUGUACGAGACCGGUGACCUCCCAGAAGAUGACCAGGCUCAGUUUGAGUCGGAGGAGCUCUGCAGUGACAGCGUGGAGAGGAUUGUGGUCAACCCCAAUGCCGCCUUUGACAAGUUCAAAGACAAGCACGUCAGCACCAAGGGACUCGACUUCUCAGACAGAAUCAGUAAAACCAGAAGAGUGGGCUAUGAGUCAGGAGAAUUUGAAAUUCUUGGAGAGGGCUGUGGAUCGAAGGAGACACCUCAGCAGAAGUACCAGCGCUUAUUGAAUGAGAUCCAGGAGCUCACUCAGGAGGUGGACAACAUCCAGGCUGCUACAAAAGAAAGCAAUGCAGAGGAGCGCUUGACUCCAGUGGUACUUGCCCAGCAGGCAGCCCAGCUCAAACAGCAGCUGGUUUCUGCUCAUCUCGACUCACUGCUGGGACCACAGGCACACAUCAACUUGGCUGAUCCAGAUGGUGCGCUGGCCAGGCGUCUGCUCACCCAGUUGGAAGUGGCCAAGGGUAGUCGUGGCAGUUCUGCAGGAGAUAGCAAGCCAGCAGCAGCAGCUAAGGUCCCAGAUGGAGUCGUACUCUAUGAACUACACAGCAGACCAGAGCAGGAAAAGUUCAAUGAGUCUGCCAAGAUGGCAGAAUUGGAGAAGCGUCUAGCUGAGCUGGAAAUAGCUGUUGGCGCGGGAUCAGACAAGCAGGGACCUCUGAGUGCCGGUGUACAAGGAGCCAGUCUAAUGGACACCAUUGAGCUCCUACAGGCCAGGGUCAGCGCACUAGACUCUGCUACUUUGGAUCAAGUGGAAGCAAGACUUCAGAGUGUCCUUGGUAAGAUGAAUGAGAUCGCUAAACACAAAGCGGCUAUCGAGGAUGCCGAGACACAAAACAAGGUGUCGCAGCUUUAUGACGUCGUGCAGAAGUGGGAUGCCAUGUCCACCUCUAUACCUCAGGUGGUGCAGAGACUUGUCGCUGUCAAGGAGCUGCACGAGCAAGCCAUGCAGUUUGGCCAGCUGCUUACCCACCUGGACACCACACAGCAGAUGAUCAACAACUCUCUGAAGGAUAAUAACAGCCUGCUAACACAGGUCCAGCAGACGAUGAAGGAAAACCUUGUUGCUAUAGAAGAAAACUUUGCUGCACUAGAUCAGAGGAUGAAGAAGGUCUCAAAAUAAACAGGCCGCGUUCCGACCAGUCCAGGAGAGUGGAACAUGGACAAAUAGGAGCUGGCUGGAGAGCACAAAGAGGGAAUUGGGGUUCGCCUCAGUCCCACAGUUGAGCUCUAUUUCUGACUUUGCCUUUUUCACAAAGUGGAAGGUUAGAAAGAUGGAAUAACAAAAGAGCAGAUGUUCUUUCCUUGACCUUCCUCUUGCAUCAAAAUGAUAUCAACUGAAAACACAUUUCUCCACUAUAUAUGCCACUGAUUUCAGACCCCUGUUAAGCUUAUUGACUUUUAGACUGGAUUGUUUUUAUAUUGGUAUUAAAUAGAAAAAAAAUCUGUCAUUCCUUUUGAACCUCACAUUUACGGAAUUUGUACUGUAUAUUUGGUCAAAUUAAAUGGAUCACACUAAGGUUAAUAAAUGACACUUUAAUGAGGUUGUUGACUAUAUAAAAAAUGAAAAUCAAGGUUUGUUGUCUUACAUUGUUGUAGCAGGAGCACGUUAGUGCAAGUGUCAGGGCCAAAUCACAGAACGGAAGCUUGUAAAUAUGCCUGUGUACCUCAUCGUUUCUUCCUGCUCAGUCGCUUGUAACUAUAAAAUUAUGACUGAGACCAGACAUCACAGACAAACGUAAUCUGCUUUGUCAUUACCUACAAGUCAACUGUAUUGUUCAUCUGUGGUUAUGGCAACUGAUCAAUAAAAGAAAGUCUUCAGCUCA